AUAUACAACGCUGGUUCUGCACAUGUGAAAGGCCAAUUUCAACAGCCAGUAUUAUUUGUCACAGCGUUACGCUUUAAACAACUUUAAAUAUUACUAAUUUAUUAACAAAUGGCUGACACUAAGCAAACAGUUGUUGAAGGCGUCGAUGCACUCACCCUAAAUGGCAAAUCCGAUGCAGAGACGGUUGAAACGGCAACGGACGCUGCUGGCGCUGAGGCAGGAGGAACAACAACAAACGCUGACGAUGUGGUUGAUCCAUGGAAUGUGGCCAGCAGCAGUGAUGCAGGCGUCGAUUACGACAAGCUAAUAAAGCGCUUUGGCUCGAGUAAAAUCGAUGAGGAACUUAUCGCACGAUUUGAAAAAAUCACAGGAAAGCCAGCUCAUCAUUUGAUUAGACGCGGUAUCUUCUUUUCGCAUCGCGAUCUACACUCAAUUUUAACGCUAAUCGAGCAGGGCAAACCAUUCUAUUUGUACACGGGCCGAGGACCCAGCUCUGGGUCCUUGCAUGUUGGUCACCUAGUGCCGUUUAUUCUGACCAAAUGGCUGCAGGAAACGUUCGAUGUGCCGCUGAUCAUUCAGCUGACGGACGACGAGAAGACACUAUGGAAGGACCUGAAGAUCGAGGAGGCUAUCAGGUUGGCCCGUGAGAAUGCAAAGGAUAUUGUUGCCAUGGGUUUCGACCUGAAUAAAACUUUCAUAUUCAAUAAUCUGGAGUUUAUGGGCAAAUGCCCUGCAUUCUACCAGAACAUAAUUCGCAUUCAAAAGUGCGUCACUUUCAACCAGGUGAAGGGCAUUUUCGGUUUCGGCGACUCGGAUAUUAUUGGCAAGAUUGGAUUCCCCGCCGCGCAAGCAGCGCCCGCCCUCUCAAGCACAUUUCCCUUUAUCUUUGGAAAUAAGAAAGUUCACUGCCUGAUACCCUGCGCUAUCGAUCAGGAUCCGUAUUUCCGAAUGACUCGCGAUGUGGCGCCACGACUGGGAUUCCCAAAAUGUGCGCUUAUCCACUCCAGCUUCUUUCCGGCUCUGCAGGGCGCCAAAACGAAGAUGUCGGCGAGCGAGCAGAACUCGGCUGUAUUUCUGACUGAUACUCCUAAGCAGAUCAAGAAUAAAAUCAAUAAAUACGCAUUUUCGGGCGGACGCACCACAGUCGAAGAGCAUCGUCAACUGGGCGGCAUUCCCGACAUCGAUGUAGCCUAUCAGCUACUCAAGUUUUUCCUAGAGGACGACCAGAAGCUCGAAGAAGUGCGCCUUGCAUACAGCAAGGGUGAAAUGCUGACAGGAGAGAUCAAAAAGCUAGCUAUCGAGACUCUAACGCCCAUUGUGGAGCAGCAUCAGGCAGCGCGUAAAUUGGUAACAGACGAAGUGCUGGACAAAUAUUUUGAGAUCAGAGCUCUGAAAUUUGGAAGCUAGAGCCAGUAUAUAUAUAGAACGAACAUUAUAUA